GAGAUCUCACUGGUGUAGUCAGACAAUGGUUUUUGGUAAGCUCUGAUAAUUUUCUGUUGACCAUUUUUCACCAUUUCACUCAUCCUGUUUUAACCUCAUUUCAGCAUAUCACCUUUUCAUUUGAAGGCAAAGUUUUGGACCUGGCUCAACAUGUUUUCUUUUCUUUUUUGAACAAUAAAUCACUUUUUUUAACACUCAACAGAUUCAUGCUACAAUCCUCGGCCUACCUCUCAACCUGCUGACGAGCUCUCCAUGUGUCUUGCCACUGGACAUCCACGCCAUGGUGCGGGACAGCAGCACACCCAUAGGGACAGCCACUACAGCCAGACGCAGGGCUGCAAGCAUCUCCUACUCUGGAUCUCCCUGCAGUGACAUGAUCAUCAGCGCUUGCAAACCUGAGAUGAGAUAUAGAUACACAACCAUGACACGCGUUUACUAAGCUUGACAUUUAGGCAGGAAGCGGUCUUGAUAUCUGCGGCAAUGCUAAAACGUCAACACUUUGUCACUGUGCAGUUUACAAUUCUGAUCAGAGAGUUUCAGAGAGAAAUCUACACAGCGGUCAAGGAAGGAGCUUUACCUCUGCAGUUCGUCACAAUAUUUCUCCCAGCUGGGACAAACUUCCUGGCCCCUUCUCGACAAACCCCCGAACCUGACCAAUCAGAUUGUAGCAUUUGAGAUCGAGCCAUUUUCAUCCAAUCGUAUCUCGAUUCAACUUGACUGGCGGUGACAACGUCCAAUCAUAAGAUCCUAAAUAAGGAAGUGUGCGGUCGUUCAUUACAGACCAUUGAUCAUGGACAGAGUGAGCUAAGAAGGCUAACCUUAAAUCUCUAAAUUAUCACAUUUGAUGAGAUAACGUUUAACCUGAUAAUAAUCUCGCGCAGGUAAGACAUUUUUUUUUGCUGUUUAUUACAUUGGCGUGUAGCGCUUUUAACGCAUAACGGGAAUCUUGCUGCAAGCUAGGCAGUAGUUUAGCUAAAAGUAAUAAAUGUGGAUGAUGAUCAAGCUCAGUCUGUGAUUUUUGUGAGUUUUUGGAAAUCCACGCAGUUUUUCCCCAGACUGUCUAUUGAGUUUUUACGUGUCGCGGACAUGUCUAUGUUCCGGUCUGAAUCUAGAUUUGGCCAAGGCUAACAGAUGUUGAUACUGAUGUUGACAUCUGUCCUCCUGUCUCAGGAUGGUUGAUGAUUUCGAGAGUCAGGAGGUCCGGUCCAGCGGGGAGCUGUGGUCCGAAAUCUGCUCCAAUCUACCUGAGGGUCGAGCUGAGGCAUCUGGGGACAACAACCCGGAGUUUAACGAUUCCUUCCAGCCAGCUGAACCAGUGGGAGUGCAGGUCAAUGGACUAUCAAACGGGACCAAUACCAGUGCUCCCAGUGCCAAGUGGGAACCGAUGGAGGACUCUGAGAUGUACAUAGCCAGCUUAGGUACAAACAUCUCUCUGUGUCUGUGACUUGACUGUUAAAAGUACAAACAACAUGACUAAGACAGUAGAACAAUGCACUGACAACAUGCACAUAAUAUACAUAAACAACGUACACAGACCAAAAUCUAAGUGACCAAUAGUAAGAGGACCAAAAAGAUUAAAGGAGAAUUGUGCUAAAAGGCGUAUGCACUAGCAGUAUGGGAGAUCAUGAGGACGAAAGGCUCUAGCUCCAUGCUUAACUUGACUCAUUUUGCUUUCGUCAGGGAUUUGUCUGAGGUUUCUUAACAUUAACCCCCCCCCCCCCCCCCAAAAAAAAAAAAAAAAAACAACAAAAAAAAAACAAUAAAUAACAGAAUAUGGCAGUUAUAUUCAUUGAAAUACUGCUCAUUUUAAACAUACGAUUUGACUUGUCAACAGGGUUCGGCAUCUUUCUGGAAAUGUUUGUUAAGAAAUGUUUACAUUUUAAUACAAGAUGUAUAUUUAUGUUUUUUUUUGUUUGUUUACGUUUUGCCACAGAGAAUCGCCUCAAGAAACUAAAAGGUCAGUCCAGUGAUGUGACCUCCAGGGACAUGUUGCGCUCCUUGUCUCAAGCUAAAAAGGAAUGCUGGGACAGAUUUCUGCACGAUGCUCAAACCUCAGAGCUUUUCCAAGGCACUGACAUGGAUGAGAGGUGGGAGUUUUGUUUUAAAUUCUGAUUUUCAGUGUAAAAUGACUACUUAAAUCCUUAAAAUUACAAAACCCAAUUCCAUUGAAGUUGGGAAAUUGUGAUUAACAUAAAUAAAAACAGAAUACAAUGAUUUUUCAACCUACUGUAUAUUCAAUUGAAAAUACUACAAAGACAAGAUAUCUAAUGUUCAAACUCAUAAACUUUUUUUUUUGCAAAUAGUAAUUAACUUUAGAAUUUGAUGGCGGUAGCAUUUGACAAAGAAGUUGGGAAAGGUGGCAAAAAAUACUGAGAAAUUUGAGGAAUGCUCAUCAAACACCUAUUUGGAACAUCCCACAGGUGAGCAGGCUAAUUGGGAACAGGCGGGUGCCAUGAUUGGGUAUAAAAGCAGCUUCCCCAAAAAUUCUCAGUCAUCCACAAGCAAGGAUGGGGCGAGGUUCACCACUUUGUGAACAACUGCGUGAGCAAAUAGUCGAACAGUUUAAGAAAAACGUUUCUCAAAGUACAAUUGCAAGGAAUUUAGGGAUUUCAACCUCUGCAGUCCAUAAUAUCAUCAAAAGGUUCAGAGAAUCUGGAGAAAUCACUGCAUGUAAGCGGCACGGCCAGAAACCAACAUUGAAUGCCCAUGACCUUUGAUCCCUCAGGUCCCUCUGUAUCAAAAACGGACAUCAAUGUGUAAAGGAUAUCACCACAUGGGCUCAGGAACACUUCAGAAAACCACUGUCAGUAAAUACAGUUCGUCGCUACAUCUUUAAGUGCAAUUAAAACUAUACUAUGCAAAGCGAAAGCCAUUUAUCAACAACAUCCAGAAAUGCCGCCAGCUUCUCUGGGCCCGAGCUCAUCUAAGAUGGACUGAUGCAAAGUGGAAAAGUGUUCUGUGGUCUGACGAGUCCACAUUUCAAAUUGUUCUUGGAAAUAGUUGACGUCGUGUCCUCUGGGCCAAAGAGGAAAAAAAACAUCCAGACCGUUAUCGACGCAAAGUUCAAAAGCCAGCAUCUGUGAUGGUAUGGGGGUGCAUUAGUGUCCAAGGCAUGGGUAACUUACACAUCUGUGAAGGCAACAUUAAAGCUGAAAGGUACUUACAAGUUUUGGAGCAACAUAUGCUGCCGUCCAAGCAACGUCUUUUUCAUGGACGCCCCUGCUUAUUUCAGCAAGACAAUGCCAAGCCACAUUCUGCACGUGUUACAACAGCGUGGCUUCAUAGUAAAAGAGUGCGGGUACUCGACUGGCCUGCCUGCAGUCCAGACCUGUCUCCCAAAUGUGUGGCGCAUUAUGAAGUGUUAAAUAUGACUGUUGAACAACUGAAGCUGUACAUCAAGCAAGAAUGGGAAAGAAUUCCACCUUCAAAGCUUCAACAAUUAGUCUCCUCAAUUCCCAAACAUUAAUUGAGUGUUGUUAAAAGGAAAGGUGAUGUAACACAGUGGUAAACAUGCCCCUGUCCCAACUACUUUGGCACGUGUUGCAGCCAUGAAAUUCUGAGUUAAUUAUUAUUUGCAAAAAAAAAAAAAAGUUUAUGAGUUUGCACCUUAAAUAUCUUGUCUUUGUAGUGUAUUCAUUUGAAUAUAGGUUGAAAAGGAGCUGCUAAUCAUUGUAUUCUGUUUUUAUUUACGUUUAUCACAAUUUCCCAACUUCAAUGGAAUUGGGUUUUGUACUUUAGAUUAUUGCCUUGAAAUGAUUUGAUUAUUUGUGUUUCUCCUAUAACAGUGCACUUGAACAUUUUAAGAGAUGGUUGAUCCCUGAGAAGGUGGCUAUCAGUGCUGAAGAGCUAGAAUAUCUCCUGCGGCCGUCUCAGAAUAAGGAAGCAACUGACCCAAAUCAAACACAGUAUGAUAUGGAUGCGGUGGAAGAGGCUGAAAGACAAAACCCAGAGGAGGAGGAUGCUCACAGCCCAGAGAAAUGAAUGUGUUCAGAAUAGAAACACAGAGAGAUGAACUCAUUCUGUGUUCAUUUGGUCGAGUUGGUUUGUUACUCCUUAUAUUCUUUUGAGUGUCAUUAUGUCAUAGUGGUGUUUUGGCCCAAGCUUUUAUGAUCAGCAGUUGGUCAGUGCAACCAAUUACAGCCUGCCAUCAUCCUCCGUAUCCCUGGCAACAGUGUUAAGUCCUGUGUGUUUUGUCCUUGUUUUACAACCCUUCAACAUCACACCAUGAAAAUAUUGAACAAUAGAGACGUUAAUUAGACCGUUUGUGUCCUAGAAGCAGAAGUAUCAUCUAGCCUGUUGUGACUUCCCCAACAGUGUCUGUGACUUGACUGACUUUUUAUUGACAGCACUUAUACAGAGACUAAUGAAGGACCACAUGCACUACACUGUUUUUAAUAAACUCCGAUGAUUUCAUCAAUGUACCAUCUCGAAGAGACGCUAUUUUCUGUUUUUAAAAAUUGUGAUAUCUAGCCUAUAAUCCUGGAAAUAAUGUAACAUAUCUUUAUUUUUGCCAUAUUGAUUUUACAUAUGAAGUUUCACCCAUGUUUCAAUAAAAAUAAGUAGAAUUUAUCUGAUUCA